AGGGUCGUCGUCGAAAUGUCUGAGGUGGAUGCUCAAGAAGAGUUUCACGACGCUCCAGAGGAGGCAGUGAUUGAGAUCCAGAAGGAUUUUGUCGCUGAGAUUGAGCAGGACAACAGCAAUGCUCAACUUGUUGAAGAGGGUGAUGAUCAACUUGUAACUGCCGAAGCUGACGACGAGAAGAGCGCUCAACAGGUUGAUGAAGACCGCACCGAGGAUCAGGUCCCCGAUAUCACUGGAACGGAGUACGUGGACCCAAUGACGACUAGCAUGGAUGGAAUUGAGGAUCUUCCAGCAAAUGAUGAAGCUCAGGUAGAAGAAUCGGCACCAGCCGAUGAGCCAGCUCCAGAAGAGGAAAAACCACAAGAAGAAGCCCCGGCAGAGGAACCAGCUCCAGCGGAGGAGGCACCACAAGAGGAAGUCCCAGCUGAAGAGCCAGUGGCCGAGGAGACCGCUCCAGCAGAGGAAGCUGCAGUUGAGGAGCCUGUUGUUGAAGAAGCAGCCCCAGUUGAAGAGGCUCCAGAAGCAGAGGAAACAGCUCCAGCUGAAGAGCCACUCAUUGAGGUCGCUGUCGAAGAAGCUCCAGCAGAGGAGCCAGUCGCUGAGGAAGCUGAGCCAGAAGCCGAGAAGCAAGAGUUCGAGCUUCAGGCACCACCAGAGGGCAAGCGCCCACGUACGCCAAAUGACUUGGAUAACCCAACAGCUGAUGAGGAGCCGGCUGCAGAGCUAGAGGCUGAUGCUGGAUCCGAAGUUCCACCAACUCCAAAGACUGCCGCUUCAGAGAAGCAAUCAGUCCCACCAACACCAAAAUCAGCUGCUCCAUCAGAGGUUCCACCAACCCCCAAAUCAGCAGCACCAUCAGAGGUCCCACCAACUCCAAAAUCGGCCGCCCCAUCUGAAGUCCCACUAACUCCAAAAUCAGCAGCUCAAUCAUCAGUCCCACCAACACCAAAAUCAGCUGUCCCAUCUGAAGCCCCACCAACUCCAAGAUCCGCUGCUCCAUCUGACGUUCCACCAACUCCAAAAAGCAAUGGACAUAUUGCUAAUGGAAGCAUCCCAGGAACACCAUCGGUUGCUCAAGAAAGCGCUAAGGCUACACCAGCUGCUACGCCAGCAGCCACUGCCACACCUGCCGCUACAGCCACCCCAGCGGCUACUGGAACUCCAAAAGCUGACACUGCAUUCAACUUUGAGGAGACUCCAGCCACGCCAAGAUCGAGUGUACCAGCCACACCAACUGAGUCGAAUCUGACCACCCCAGCGCCAAAGACGCCAAAGACUCCGAAAACCCCACGCACGCCACGCACUCCAAAAACUCCCCGAACACCAAAAACUCCAGCAGUAGUGGAGCCAGAACCAGAGCCUGUGGCCGAGGAGCCAGAACCAGUUGCCGAGCCAGAGCCAGAACCAGAGCCAGUUGCCGAGGCUGAGCCAGAAGCUGAACCAGCCGUUGAAGAGGAGCCAGCUGAAGAGCCUGAACCAGCCGCAGAUGAAACUGCUACAGAGCCAACAGCCGAAGAAGCUGAGCCAGAAGCCGUCGAGGAAUCAAUUGAAAAAACCGAGGUUGUUGAGGAAGAGUCUGCUCCACCAGCAGCUCGCCAGUCCUCUCCAUCUCCACCACCAGCCCGCCGUCGCCCACAAUCUCCAUCUCCGGAACGACAGCGCACUUCUCGUCACGCCGACCGUGACAUCACAAGCUACGAUGAGGACUCGUACAGAGCAGUUCCACCACCAAGAAUGCCAACUGCCACGUCAUUCUCCUCAUGGAGCCCACCAGACAAGCAGAGCUAUACUCCAAUCAGCCCGUUCGUGAGCACUGCCAACAAAUACCGUAACGAGUACACCAGUGGAAGCAGCUACCGCCCAACCAACAUGUACACAUCGCACUUUGACGAUAUUGUUGCCACCGGAGCAUUCUCAUCGGCUCUUUAUUCCACAAACCGAUUGAUCGAAAGAUCACGCAGCCGUACCCGUGAACGAAAGCAAGCAAUGAGAUCCCAAAGAUCUGCAUCUAACUAUUACAGAUAUUCUUCCCAAGCCCCAGCACCACUUCGCGCUCGUGAGUACUCGACACCACCAACCCGCGAGAUCAGCCGUGCGCCUAGCCGCAACACGAGCUUCGUCUCCUUCCUCGACUACUCGAGUGCCAAGCAAGGAGAACUCUCCCGUGCCAACUCCCGCACUUCUAUCUACGGAGAUUCCCUCUCGAGAAGCUGUUCUCGCGCCAAUGUCGAUGCCUACUUGGGCGGUGGACGUCUUUCCCGUGUGGACAGCUACGUUCGUGAUAUCCAUACUCCAUACGAGUACGAGGUUCCAUCAACCUACGAUAGAUACCGCUCAUCUUCCCGUGGACCAUCAUACUCCACUAUUAACGGAUACACGGGACGCAUCGGACAACUCGAAAGAUCGCUGUCUCGUGAGGUGAUCCAGAAAGACAGAUUGCGCACCGAAUACCAACAACUGUCGACAAAACUUGACCAGGCGUGCCGUCAAAUGGAAUUGCUCAGGUCUAACUCGUACAGCAGCUACCGUGGGCAGUCCCUCCCGCGCACUAGCGUCUACUCCCACUUCUACCCGCACUACUAAAUUUGCAUUCAUUUUUCCCUCAUAGAAUUUGACUCAUUUUCAAUAUCUUCAAUUUUACCUUCCCGUUUUGCACAUUCAACCGCUGCUAAGCUUCACCAAAACUUCCUGAUUCUACAGGAGUUUUCUUCUCUAUUAUCCCAAUGCCUUUUUUCUCAGAGCACACGCUCAUUCUUAUUAAAAAUACAUUUUAUGUUCAAUAUUGCAUCCCUUACUUCUUCUAUUAUCCUUUCUACCUGUAUAACGUUUAUACACUCUCUUUGAUAACCAAAAGCCCGUAUACACCUCCCAAUAUGGAAGAUCAUCGACUGAUAAAUCGACCGGAAAUUCGGCGCUCCAUAGCUUAUACUCUGGAUUUGCGCGCGACUGGGCUGCCUUCAACUGAGAGGUGGCGAUUGGGCAACGUUGUGUAUGGUGGUUUGUAUCGCAAGAAAUACGAUGCUGACUUAGAAAAAGCUGUUCAAUACUAUAGUUCGUGUGCCAAAAAAAGAAGAUUCUGAAUUCAUAAUCAAAUACCACCCAUUUUUUGUUUGUUCCUUCUUUUUUCCUGUUUUUAUUCCUCCUCCUCCUCACCUUUAAGAGACCAGAGUCCGUGAUGCCAAGUCAUUGAAACCUAUCCUUCCAUUUACUAACAACGAAACGAACUUCUGAAUUUACCUUUAAAUAGUUAUGUAGAUUUUUGUCGUCAUUUUUUCCGACUCUUUUUUUUCAAAUUUUCCUACGUAUCUUUCUUUCUUUCCAGCCCAGACCCUAUACUGCCUUUUGUAAUAUGUUUUGUCAAAUACCCCUGUAUUAAUUUUCAUCUUGUAGAUUUUAUCAUUUUCAUUGUCAUUUUCAAAUUUCAAAUUUUCAAUUUUUAAAUUUCAAAACUUUUCAAUAAAUGAAUUUAUGAUUUUA